UUGGCAGGGGCGUGGUGUGACACCGGACAGGCUGAUGACUCUGUGGAUUCACUCAUGCAUGGUCACACAAUGUGACAGUCCAGACAUGGCUGGAAACGGGAGGCAGCUCCGUUUAACCGAGCCUUAUCUCCGACUCCAAGCCGCCUCCAAAAACUAACAACAAAAGGAAAACUUUGCCUUGCGCAAGGCCCGGGACAGACAGCGCGCCAGGCAGACUGAAGACGUUUGUGCAUGAAUGAGUUUGAUAGGCGGCAUUAAAAAACCAAAAGAGUUUGUUGGGGUGACAGAGAGGCGACAGGUUGCGGGUUUGGUAUCAGGGAGACAGAGAGUGGGAAGGUCGCUGAAGCCGCGGGAGGUCCACACGCUUUUCAACGCACUCAAAUGAUGGCACCAAUGAUGGCAGAUGGAUUUGCUUUUCGUAUUUAAGUAUGACAUCUCCGGUCUAAAGGUAUGACGGAUAAAUACAGCUGUGAAUGCUUUCCUGUGAAUAACUGGGAGUAAAGAGAGAUCAAGUAAAUGAAGAAUGCCAUCAGGUGUCAUACACAUUGUGAACCCUAGUCGAUGGAUUUAUUACCUUUAAUACAAGAAUAUUUUACCUGUACUUUCUCCAUAGGCUAGAAAUCUUGAAGCAUGGGCGACUGGAGUUUUCUGGGGCGGCUGUUGGAGAACGCUCAGGAGCACUCAACGGUCAUCGGCAAAGUCUGGCUGACCGUCCUCUUCAUCUUCAGGAUCCUGGUGCUGGGGGCCGCGGCUGAAGAAGUCUGGGGAGACGAGCAGUCCGACUUCACCUGUAACACGCAACAGCCCGGUUGCGAGAACGUCUGCUACGACGAGGCUUUCCCCAUCUCGCACAUCCGCUUCUGGGUGCUGCAGAUCAUCUUUGUGUCCACGCCAACUCUCAUCUACCUGGGCCAUGUGCUUCACAUCGUCCGCAUGGAGGAGAAGCGGAAAGAGAAGGAGGAGGAGAUGCGCAAAGCAAACAGGUUCCAAGAGGAGAAAGAACUCCUUUAUAAAAAUGGUGGAGAAGUUGGAGGUGGAGGCGGCAAGAAGGAGAAGCCGCCAAUCAGGGACGAGCAUGGCAAAAUCCGUAUCAGAGGCGCAUUGCUGCGGACCUAUGUGUUCAACAUUAUUUUCAAGACUCUGUUUGAAGUGGGAUUCAUUUUGGGCCAGUAUUUACUCUAUGGCUUCCAGCUGAGGCCCCUGUACAAGUGUGCACGUUGGCCCUGCCCCAACACCGUUGACUGCUUCAUAUCAAGACCCACUGAAAAGACUAUUUUUAUUAUAUUUAUGCUUGUGGUGGCUUGCGUGUCUCUUUUGCUGAAUUUGUUAGAGAUCUAUCACCUUGGAUGGAAGAAAGUUAAACAGGGCAUGACAAAUGAGUUUGCCCUCGACCACGAGACACUGCGGCGUGUGAACAUUGCAGAGCCUGACUGUUUGGCCUCGACCUCCAGAACUGCCCCAUCCAGCCUCAGAUACCCAACCAACUACACAGAUGUGAAGGCGGGCAGUGGGGCGUUCCUGCCGCCACUGCGGCCAGUAGCCGUGCCCUCAGCAGCGGAGUUCAAAAUGGACAAACUCCAGCAGGAGGAGUCCCUCCGUCAGCCCUCCCCCGCUUCCCACUACUACAUAAGCAACAACAACAACCACAGGCUGGCCACGCAGCAGAACUGGGCCAACUUGGCCACCGAGCAGCAGACUCGGGAGAAGAAGGCCACCUCCCCCUGCCCCUCCUCCUCUUCCUCGACCAGCAACGACAAGGAGCAGCAGCAGCAACCCGUCGAUGCUGCACUGCUCCCUCCAACCAGCAACACCACCAGUAACACCAACAUCACCAAUUCAACUGCCGCUGCCGCCUCCAGCAGCAGCAGCAGCAGCAGCAGCAGCAGCAGCCAUUGCAGUGCAUCCAACGCAGGCAGCUGGAGCGGAGGGAGGAGCGAGCAGGAGGAAGGCCACGUCACCACCACGACUGUGGAGCUGCACGAGCCUCCAGCAACGGUCAGCACAGACCCUCGGCGGCUCAGUCGGGCCAGCAAGAGCAGCAGCAUCAGGGCAAGGCCGAGCGACCUGGCUGUUUAAAUCUCUUUGGCCCUUUCAUGUCCCUAAACCCUCCCUGACCAACACCCUGCAUCCCCAAACCCCACCCCCAAAACACAGUGAUUCUCAGACAAAACGAUCUCACAAAUGCAUAGAGCAAAAAACUGAAAGAAUCAACAAACAAAAGGAGGCAAGAUGACAGGAAGGCAGACUAACAGAAAAGGUUUAGGCUAAAGUGAGAUCAUUAGCAGUUGUUGAUUUAGUGCAAUCGGUGAGUUGCAGAGCAUGUGAAGUAGUUUGUUUUGGAUGGUCUUAAGUUAUGCAGAAAAAUUUGGUCAUGUGCUAUGAAGUCGGAAGGCUCCGCGCACAGUGAUAGAUGGAGAGAACAACAUUGUUAUGUCAUAAUUUUGCAUCAAAAUGGACACUUCUCACCAACAUGGUGUUUAUCUAUUUUUGUCUUUUUGUUGAGGAUAAAGGAACUAUUAUAAAUGAAAAUUAUCAUUUAUCAAAACAAUGACUGAAUAUUUUGUUUUAUCUGGAGGAAGCACAAGUAGCUGGCAAUGAUGUACGGAUCAGUUAUUUGAUGUGUAGCCAGAUGAUUCGCUUAUUUAUAUCUUGAACAGCUUGUUCCAGCGUUUGUCCUUUGACCUGGAAGACCUUUGUUUCAGCACUUUGGGAAUGUUACGAAACAAACACCUUUUAUGUUAAAAAAUAUAAUUCAUCAAGGAAGAAAUUUCAUCAACAAACAUUACAUGUAUUGUGUUCCUUGUAGUUGUGCAUGCCAGCAUGUGCAGCCCUACAACUCACCGAUUCACUGAAUUUUCAUGGCAAAGCUGGCUAGCUUGGUUUUACCCAUGAUCCAUUGCACUGCUUCUAGCACAGAAACAAUAGAUAUUUUAAUUAAGAUGGAAUAGAUAGGAAUGGACUGAUGUGAUACUCACAGAGUCCUUAAAAUAAACAGACAGAUUAUGGGUCAAGACUGGUGGUAGAAGUCAUCACUGUGAUGCCCAGAAUGCACCUGGAUCCCUCCAAGCACAUUGUCAACAACAUAGCAAUCUAAACGUUCUAACCAAUGCUGUUAGUUUACAAAAGAGGAAAAUAGGAGCAGGGUCACUUGCGCCUGCCUCUGUCAGCAUCGCCUUCAGUCAACAUGUCUGAACAGAAAAAAUGCUUUCCACUAAAUGCACAAAUGACAAGAUAUUGCCUUCAUAUAAUCUUAAAGCAAAUAUAUGGAAGCCACCACCUGAUAGAAA